AUGGAGCCUAUGUUGGGUGCUAUUUCAGCUGGAGAAUGGAGCUCCUUCAGUGGGAUUUACUGCUCAGAGGAAACUGAUCGCAAUGAGCAUCAUUUUAUGGCUUCUGAUCACCAUUUUCUGGCUGGCUGUGGGGUAACAAAUGAUGAUCACCUGACAAUUGGAACCUCAAGCUUAGAUGAUCAGAUCCCGUUUACCAUUUGGCCUGGCACUUCUUAUUCACAUUGUUCAAGUGUUUCAGAAAUUGACAAUUCUUACACCGGCAGUUUUCCACAAGGGAUGAUUAGUAGUAGUCCUUAUUCUCAUCCAGUUACUUGGCUGACAAGCAAUAUCUCUGUGGAAUUUAGCGAAGAAUGCCAAAACGAAAACUUUUUUCUUGUUGAUGCUGAUCACAGCCAAGAAUGGCAGAACCAGGAAAUGAGCAAUGGCACCAUUAAUGGGGAAGAAUCUGGUGGAAACCAGCUAACAUCAGCUGCUGAUCAUUUUUCCCCACACAAAUGGGAAUGUGAUCAAAUGACAGUACCAGAAUCAACCAUGGCAAGUGGAAUUAUAUCUGGAAAUUCUAAGAAAAGGUCUAGCAGUCCAGCUGAACAAGAGCCAAAGAGCAAGAGGAAUGUGAGGUCCAGGAAGAGUAAAAAACAACUUGCUCUGAUGAGUGACAAUGAAGAAGAUGGCAAUAAUGCAGGCACUGAUAAAGGACAUUCGAACAGCUCCCUCUCAGAGGAACAACACUCAAAUGAUUCUCUUGAUGAAGAGCUAGGAGAAAGAGCUUUAAGCUUGAGUCCAAAAGAACCUACAGCUUUGAACCUUAGUGGGAAAGCAAGAGCUUCAAGAGGGUCUGCAACCGAUCCUCAAAGCGUCUAUGCCAGGAAGAGAAGAGAGAAAAUAAACGAGAGGCUAAAAGUACUACAAAACCUUGUCCCCAAUGGAACAAAGGUUGACAUUAGCACUAUGCUUGAAGAAGCUGUCCAGUAUGUGAAGUUCUUGCAGCUUCAAAUCAAGCUCUUGAGCUCUGAUGAUCUAUGGAUGUAUGCUCCCCUAGCAUACAAUGGAAUGGACAUGGGCAUGGGCAUCGGACUUGAUCAUUUGAGGCUCGCCGCUUCAAGACAAUAGUUUAGCUGCUAAUUCCCUUAUAAGUUGCUCUUAAUACAAAAUUUACUUAGACUAUUUGAAGGGAC